CCCAUUGUAUCGUUCUAUUCGUGACACACUCCACACAGUUAUCGCCCAGCAUGGCGUGACUGCCCCUGAUGCCUGUAGUUAUCGUCGGUGGCGCAGGUCACAUCCCAUUGUGUUCACUUGUUGUGUGCUGCAAUCGGACAAACUGCCGGUGCUUUCUGCAGCUGCCGACUUUCUUCUGUCAGCACAGGCAACACGCACUGAGUGGCUUGCCCUCAACCCAUUCUUGCCAGACAGUCAGACAGGGGAAGACGACGAGCUGCUGUACGAGCAGCAUGUCUUAGAUCAGUGGGCGCUCGACGUCGAGCUCUCUGACUAGCCUCUGGGUGUCGUGCCUAUGUCUGGCUGUCAUUCUCGUAUAUCUGCAACCGUUGUCGACAGCGAUUUUCUGACCAUCAUAGAGUGGCACGUGCGUGUCGAGUGGGUGGGUGGGUGGGAUGGGGAGACAGGCCGUGUGCAUGCUUCUGUGCAUGUGCAUGCUGCUAGUUUAGUGCGUGACCUGGACAGGAUCCCCUCGGGGUUACAGACACGAGUCUCGCUCGUUGAACACAAUAACCAACCAACCACUCCAUAUCAGGUAUGUGAUCCACGGCUGACGAGAGGCAGGCAGGGAUACGCCACCCGAUGUUGUCCGAAUCACAUCCUUUUCCUCGUUCGUCUUCCAUUUCUUCGACGUGUUUCUGUCAGCAAGGGGUUGGGUGGAACACACACAAGUCCCGGAGAGCGGUGCGUCGGAUUUCACCUCAUCGUCCACCUCACUGGUAUCAAAUCUUCUUGACGUCCUCUUGCGGGCAACGACUCUUCUAACUUCCUCUUCUUGCCUGCCCUCCGUACGCAUAGCCCUGCUAUCGCGUCUGGGCAGAGCAAGUGAACAGCUGGAGACGGUGGAGGGCUGGCAGGGUGCCAAGGAGGGCGGUCACGAUGGACGAGCAGUGGCAGCACGACAGCCGGAUGAGAGCCUCGAAUGUCAUCGUCAACUAUCUCCCGAGUUCCCUUCGCGAGGACGAGCUGAGAGCUCUCUUCUCUCAGGUGUGCAGCAAAUGAGGGAGAUGGGACAAAAUAAGAAUGCAUCUAUCUGUAUCUAUUAGAUCGGCCCGAUAGAGUCGUGCAAGGUGGUCAAAAACAAGGUCUGACCAUGGGCACCACGCCGUUACGUUUCGGAAAUAACCGUACACCAGCUUCGCAACCGUACACCGCCUUUCCAUACAGGUUACGGACAGGUCCUUUGGAUUCGGGUUUGUCAGAUACUUCACAGCUGAAGAUGCCAAGGUCGGUGAGGGGCACACGCCGCAGUUUGGUCAUAUGGAGUUUUUCACAGAUCGAUUGAGCGUUACUGGCUGUUUGUGCAGAAGGCGAUUGAGGCCUUGAAUGGCUACGAAAUCGAAAACAAGAAACUGAAGGUUAGGAAUCAGUACUGAAAAAGAGGUGUAUCACACGAUGUGAUUAUUUUGCUCACUAGGUGUCGCUCGCGCGGCCUCAGAGGUGUGGUUAUUCGCAUGUCAGACGUGUUCGUGGAUGUGUUUGUUGUGUGCAUGUACUCCGGCCCAGCGACGCGAUCAAGAAUGCGAACCUGUACGUGCGCGGACUGCCGAACAACUGCAGCGAGGAGGACCUCAUGGCCGUCUUCUCCCCCCAUGGCACCAUCAUCCAAGUAAAGGAUCCAGUCGAGAGAAAUCACUCGCCAGCCCAGUGCCCAUUUCUAUGUGUGAGCACUCGCCAGACCAAGGUGCUUGCCGACAAGGACGGGCGUGCAGGCAACCAUCGGUGUGGGUUUGUGAGGUUCAACCUGAGGCGGGAGGCCGAGAGCGCCAUCGCAGGUCUGCACGGCACAACUCUGCAGGUACGACCCUGCCAGCCAGCCAGCCGGCCAUAUCUUCGCAUAAGGCAAUGACCUUAUGUGUGGACUUGUUCAUCGCAGGGAUCGACGAGUCCUUUGUUCGUCAAGUUCGCCAACCGCGUCGACCCCCUCGGUCGUCGCGAUCCGGAUGUCAUGGUGGGCAACGACAGCGGCAGUGGGCUCGGCUACAGCAGCCCUUCCUUCACCCACCUCAGCAGUGGGUACAUGGCCCCCCGCGACAGUCGCUUUCACGGCCCGCCCAUGCAGAUGCACAUGACAGGUGGGAGGGGCGGCAUGGCCAUGGGCAAUGGUGGGCGAGGGGGCGGGGGAGCUCCGGGGAUGGGCUACGGCAACCACUACCACACGGGCAGCAUCAGUAGCUACCCCGACCCCAGCGUGGGGUACGGUGGCACGCCGAUGUCUGCAUAUGGCGACGGAGGCAUGUAUGGAGCAGACCACGAGUACGGCGGCUAUGGGUAUGCGGGGGGAGUCGACUAUGGCGACCAUGACUAUGCAUAUGCCGCCGGCCACGAAGCCUGGGACGGGACGGCCGCAUGUGGAGUCUGGGGUUAUUAUAGCUAGAGAGACUCACAUGAGAGGGAGGAAGGGAGGGACAGAGAGAUCGAUACAGAUGGGUUAAGUGGCAUCGAUGGAUGGGUGCAUGAGAGUUCGCUGCUGCCGGCUGUCUUGUUCGUAUUUAUGCAUUCUUCACGGGAGGAAGUGACAUGACAGGUCUAGCUGAUGGUGCAGGGAGGACUCACUUCAUACGAUGUGUGUUAAGUAAGGUGUGUUUUAUGUCAUGCCUGUAUGCGUGUGCGGGCACUGCCUGCGUCAUGGUUGCCGCUGUUGCGUGGGGGCUGGAGAGCUCUCUCCGUUUUGCCGCUCGAGGAGGGAGCACCCAUUUGUGCGCCAUGGAUAUCCCUGGCCGGUCUUUCGUGCAUCUUUAUGUAUGUACAGUCCUGAUGCAUAUAGGCGCUGCGUGCUGCCUCUCUGGCGCAAGACGCACAAAUGCAUGACCACUCCUGCAUAGAUACUACCUUCCAACGUAUCAUCGAUGCUUGUGAGCGAUUCUAUGGUGAGACCCAGCCGUUCAUCCACCCAUGAAUGAAUGAGUGAAUGAAUGAAU